AUGGAAAACAUUAAUUUGUUAAAACAGGGAGAAGAAAGAGAAGCGUUAGCUUCAAUUUAUGAAAAGGAGUUUCAAGGAGACAGCAGCAGUGGUACUGGGAGUUCCUACUGUAUUAAGAUAACAGAGAGAAACAACGAAGCCGUCAUACAUGUGACAAUGCCCCGAGACUACCCCUCGGAGUCGCCGCCUGUCUAUGAACUAUCUGCUCCGUGGAUGGACAGGAAAACCAAGGAGAGACUCCACCGCUCCUUGCACCAAAUAUACAACAAGCACAAAGGUGAAAUUAUAGUGUUCCGGUGGGUCGAAGAGAUCCGCAACUUUUUGUUUUCCGUCGAGCCCAGACAAGUGCGAAACAAGAAAACAGAGAGAAAGAAAGUUAAAUCUCUGACUAAUGGUUUGUGCGAUUUGCAGGCAGCGUGUCCAGACAUCACCCACGGAGAGGUUAUUACAGAUAGGAAAAGUAGCUUCCAAGGACACGCAGCUCGAGUUGGUUCUGUAGAUGAUGUCAAGGCUGUGUUGACCAAACUAAAAAUGCACCGGAAGAUUGUAAACGCGAAGCACAACAUGGUGGCGUACCGCAUAGAACACAGAACAGCCAAAGGUGUGGAAAUAGUGCAGGGGUACGAUGAAGACGGCGAGGCGCACGCCGGCGGCAGGUUGUUGCACCUCUUGCAGACCAACAACUGCCUGAAUACUGCGGUGGUAGUGACGCGCUGGUUCGGUGGCAUACAAAUAGGUGGCGACAGGUUCCGACACAUCACCAACGUGGCGAAGCAAGCUAUACAACAAGCGGGGCUGCUUAACAAAACUUGAUACAAAUAAAUAAAAUAUAAAUUUUGUACAAAAGUAUUUGAUUUAAUGUUACGGUAUAUCCUAUGUUACUUUCAUUCAGGAAUAAUUGCUUUACCACAUCGACGUGAUUAAAUAAAUGACUAAUUCGAAUAAAUAAGGUCAAUGAUCUAUGAUUUACUUAAAUGCAUACAUAUUUAGGCCUAGUUGCUCCAGCAUAACAACUUCCAUUUAUUCCCAUUUUCUCCUACUGACUAAAUAAAAUUCUGAGAUGUUUGCCAGAAUUAACCUAAUUUCCUUAAAUUAAUUAAAUGAAAUGAAACUGGUAUAUAAACAGUUUAUUCUUAUAACUAAUCAAAAAGCUAACGCUACUUGACUCAGCUUUGUUAUAGGUGUACAUUAUGAUUUUUUAAAUAACACAUAAAUUACCACAGGCUUGAGCUCAAAAAUGGCACCCCCACCCCAAACUCUUUCUUCGCCAGAGUUGGUUAGUGCAUCUGCAUU